GUGUUGACUUUCUUCUCAAACACUUGUGAUGGAAGGCUUAUUGAUUCAUGGACCUGGACAUUCCCUCCCCGUGUGGACACAAAAGGCUUUGUUUGGUUAAAUUGGGUUUGCAUGAAAAGACAGAGGAAUGGGAAUGGAAACAAAAGCCCUGCAAGUUUCGACUCAGACUCAGAGUGAGGAUCUCAGACUGGCCCCAUCUCUUUAGAGGAAAAACUUGUGUCUGCUGCAUCAUUAUCACAAGGAUAUAGACCUACAAAAUGUGGAACACUGACCAGUCUGGAUUAAAGCUGGAUUAAAACAUCAACAGAAAAAGAUGGAGCAGUAUCUGGUGUAUGAAAAAAUGUAAAGAGUCCAGAUUAUCACUAUGGAUACAUUAAGAAACAACAAAAAUCCAUGGGUGCUUUAUGAGACAGAAGUGCCACACAGCAGGUUUUGUGAUCCAGCAUGUGGAGUCAGUCCUGCAGAGAAACUGAGCCCAGAGCACAUGCAGCGCCUGAGAAAUGCAUUUACUGGUGCAAAAGCUGGAGUACAAAUACAGGAAGACAGGCCAAACGGAAGGAGCACAAGUAACAGAGGAGCAAAUAAAGAACAUGGGAUGAAUCUUGAGGAGUUUCGGGACAUUCUGAGGUCUGUGAUUGGUCCAGAUUUUGAGGACACAUGGGCUGAGAGAUUCUUUUCUGAGGUAGAUAUCAGUUGUACAGGACAGGUGAAGUGGCAACAGUUGUGUUCCUACCUGCUUCUAGAGUACACUGAGAGAGAACGCGCCUCCAUCCCUGCAGCUGCUCUCCUGGACUCCCAGCCACAGAUCAGACACUGCUCUCACAACAAGCGGGAGCCAACAGUGCGUGUGGUUGCUGUUUCCCAUCCUCCUCCACUCCGCUAUAUUAGUGUCAGUAAAGGGGGUCAGAUCACUGUCUGGAACAGCAGCCUACACAUCCUCAAAACUGUGGGGCUUGCCGGCGACCCAACAGAGGAAGUGGCCAACACGAGGAGGUUCAGAGGCUGGACCACGGAUGCUGUGUAUAUGGGAAAUGUUCACAGGGUUGCCAUAGCGACCGACUGCAGGGACUUGCACUUUGUCAAUGUCUCUACAACAAGUGUAUUUGAGGAUGUCCACUUGUUUGGAUUCCGUAGUGUCCUGACUGCUCUCUGUUACUGGUAUGAUGUCCAGUGUCCAGAGCGCCCUCCUCUGCUGCUACUGGGGGAUGAAAAAGGAGGCGUCCACCUCAUGAGGUUCUUGAACCACUCUAAAGGUCUUUUUAAGAACCCAUCAAAGAAAGACAAAGGCCUACAGAGGAUCUUUUUCCCAGACCUCAGUGAACAUAGCAGCAUGGUCUCCUACCAUCACAUCCCAAACAUCCAUCAGAAACCAGUCACCAGAGUGAUGUAUGAGUCCAGUACCAAUAUCAUCAUGACAUCAUCAGAAAGUGACAGCACCUCUGUGGUCUUUAUGACAGUGACAGUAAAGCGGGAGCCUUACAUUAUAAAAAUUAAGCAGGGGGUCAAAUGUUUUGACUACAAUGCAUCUUUGCAGCUGAUUGUCACGGGAGGUUGUGACCGAGCAGUCAGGCUGUGGACUCUAUAUGUGACCACACAUCCUGCAGCUACACUGCUAGGUCACCACACCAGCAUACUGGAUGUUGCAAUCUACCAACCUGUUCAGCAGAUCUUCAGCUACUCCAGAGAUGCGGAGCUGAGGGUUUGGGACAUUUCCACCCAUCACUGUCUGAAAACUGUCCGCCUGCGGUUCCCCUGCCUGCAGCCAGCCCAAAUACCAGAACAUGGCAACUUCCCUUUCCUGUUACUGAGCCCUUCUUUUCUUGAACACACACAGCCUCAUUUAGUGGUGGGAUGCAAAGAUUACCUGGCACUGGUCAAUCUUGCUCAAACAAGAAGAGGAGGGGGUGGAUGGUUGCCAGAUGAAGGAAGUGAAUUUGGACCAGAAAUUCCAAGUGGUCCUGCUCUCUCCUGUGCUCUGUACAACCCCACUCUGAGACAGGUGGUGACUGGACAUACCAACUCAUCUGUGUCGCUGUGGGAUGUAGAGACAGGGAAGAGGAGGCUUCAGAUCUUAAAUGCUCAUGGGGAAGAUGAAUUGACCUGCAUGACACUAGACUCCACCCACAGACGACUGAUCACUGGGGCUCGUAAUGGCACCAUUAAGGUAUGGAACUUACUAAAUGGCCUGAAUCUGCACAAACUGGAACCUGUCACCAACACUGAAGUCACCGGGGUGACAUGUCUUUGUGACAACCAGCUGCUGGCUGUGGGGUGGAGCCAGCAAAUUGCUCAGUAUGACAUUGCAGGUGCCAAGGAUCUGUAUGUGAGAGCACACAUGUCGUGGAAGUCCAGCGGUGUCCACAAAUCAGACAUCCUGGCUGUCUGUCAGUGCUCAGUUCUGGGCGUCAUUGCCACAGCAAGUCAUGAUGGAAAGGUUGUUAUCUGGAGGCUGGAGACACAAGGACCACUGGUCCAGCUACAGAGAGAGAUCCAGGCAGGAGACAUGCCUCCUGUAGACAGCCUCUUGUUCCUGCAGCACCGAGCGGGCAACAGAAAGUUGAGAAACAGAGGUGUCCUGGUGUCAUCGCAGGCUGGCUGUCUGUCCUUUUGGAGCAUCACUGGACAGACUUCCACUUACGGUCAGUUCUAUGCUCCAGAGCAGCCAGAGGAGCGUGUGCUGAGCCUGAGCUCAGAUCAGCCUGAAAACAAAGUCCUGGUCUCAGGUGACACAACAGGCUGGCUUCAGAUCUGGGACAUCUCUCACUAUGCAGUGGACAUCCAACACAGGUCAUUCUGUGAGCAGCCUCCUCUGCUACAGCGCUGGAAGGCUCAUACGAGAGGGUUAGUAAGUGUGGAAGUGCUCAGGGUGGCUGACAGACUGCUUGUCCUCACAGCCUCAUCCGAUGGCUCUGCUGGACUGUGGACAGAGGGCGGCGAUCAUGUGGGCUUUUUUGGACAGGAUGUGAGGUGGGACAUCACCGACCCAGCUACUUACCAGAGGGAGACACAGAACAACCUGAGAGAAGACAUGUACGAGGAAGGGAGGACUGAAAGUGCCAAAGUGGGAGUUAGUGAGGUCAAAAGUCAAGAACCAGAUCCACCAAACAGAUGUCAAACUUCACAGGAAGAAUACUGUUGUGAAGCUUCAUCCACCAGCCCUGCAGAGAAUGAACACGAGCAACCUCAGCAGCCCAUGUAUCUGUGUGAGGACUCUUCGUGUCAUGAGAGGAGACGCCUGUGUGAUGACAUCGACUACCGUAAUCACUGUUGAUUGGCUGAGUUUGCCCCAUCACAGUCUGGUCCUCCAGGUGAUUUUGGUACUGAUUACUCAAUCCUUUCCCUUCUUGUGUGAUGAACACCUGAUCUUUGUAUUCUAUUGAAGCCCAGUGACUGUAAUAACUAAUACAUCCUCCAAGUAUUUAGUCUUUUUUCAUUGCAAAAAUGAAGCAGCUUAACAUCUUGGAAAAUGUACAUUUUCCCCUCUUUGGUAAUGUGACUUUCUCACUUUCACUCUCAAGCUUUGACCCUCUUUGCUUUAUUUUUAAUGUAUUUUGUAAAUCCUAAAGGGAGUGUUUAUUGUCUUCGGUGGUAGUCUAGGCCUGUGAAUAUCCAGCCAGCACAGAAAGACUAUAAAAGGCUCACUCAGUUCUGGUAGAAUGUGGCGGUGUGGUUCCACUUCCUUUUGGUUCAGCGCUGUGGCUGCAGAGCUCCAGUCGGGUCAAAGCUGCCCAAAAGAACGUGAAUGAUGGGAAGGGACAAUGAAAGAGGAAUCAAAGCAGCAGAAGAGGGAUACUGCCAUUUUAUUUCAGUUCCAAAUGGUGGGAACAAGCCUGAUUUCUUUUAUGUGCAAGUUGGCCUGGAUGUCUUUUCCACUUCUUUCUUUAUUGUUUUCUUUCUUUUGAUGUGUCCUUCAUCCUCUCUCUGUCUCAUUCUCCCAGCUGUUACCUUGUCCCUUUAUGUUUGUGGCCUGGAUGUGGAAGAGGCUUCUCCUCUAUCCAUUACAUGAGAACUGACUGCUGAGAGGUCAGAGACUGAUGUUUUAGAUGCUUUCUGGAGAAAGAAUGUCAGAAAUGCCUUCAUAAUGCUGCUCUGUCAGCUCCGCUGAAUAUUUAUGAAAAUAGUUUUUUGAACUUCAAGCUGAAAAGUCUGUUCUUCACUUUUCUCUGUUUUAAAAUUCAUAUUUCUUUUCCAGGAGACACAUGUACUGAGGAUUUAUGCACAAUCUCCUAGGUGCGGUAUCAGACUGGGAACACAAAGCUCACAGCAUCUGGAAGGAAAAGUGAGCUACAUACAGAAUCUGUCCAGUUCGAUACGAACUAAAAUACAGACAUCAACUCAGUUUCCUGAUGUUUGGUCCAUCGUACUGAUUCCAUAUCUUCUUUAAAGCAAUAGAUUUGAUAUUUUGGGAAAUACACCAUACACUGAGAUUUAGAUAAGAAGAUUGAUACCUGCAGAUUAGCUUUGCAGAGUAAAUACGAGCUACAGCCAGCAGCUGCUUAGCAUAGCUUAGCAUUAAACCUGGAAACAGGGUUGAACACCUCUAAAACUCCAUUAUUAACACAUUCAAUUUUGUUUGUUUAAACCUUAAAAAAGACUGAGUGUUGUUUCCACCCUAGCUCCUGCUAACCAGCUGCUUUCUAUUUAAUAGACAUGAGUUAUUGGUCUUAUUUAACUCUGUGCACGCAAGCAAGGGUGUUUUCUAAAUGGCAAACUUCUGCUUUGAAAUCAUUUUAUUAGGCCAUGCUUUCUUUGCAUUUGUGCAGCAGCAGUUUCACAUUACCCAGACUGUUGUAGUGCUUUUAUCAGCAGAGUGAAAUUUCCUGAUAUUUGAGACUUCUGGGUCAUUCAGACAGACAGACAGACAGCUCAACACGAGCUACCCUGUACUUAUCACCACAACUCUGCUGAAUUGCAAUUGGUGAUGCAAGACUCAGUGCCCGAUUUUGUUUGUUUUCUUUCCAUAUCUGAUUUUUCUUUCUUUCACUUCUAUUUGCCUGCUCAUCCCUAAAAAAAAAAGGUUAUUUUAAGCACCGGUCUGGAUGUUUUAGUGGGGGAGGAAGUGAGCAUAGAGUCUUUUCUCAAGUUCUCGGGCAUAAAUACAAACAGACAGAGCUGGGACAAACCAUCUAAAUCAUUUAGAGUGCUUUUUUGACAACACAGUCUUACCGAAUUCCACUAAAUGCAUUAUGUUGUCGCAAAUGUCUUGUAUCUGCUCAUGAACACACUCAGUGGUUUCUUUAUAAGUGAUUACAUUUUCAACUAAAAGUACUUUUCUCAUGUGCAGUGGAAUAAAAAAUAAAUAACAUUCAAGCAUUUCUCAGUUUGUUGUCACUAAGGGUCUAC